GUUUCCGUCCGUCUCCUAAGCAAGGCCCCCCCAUAAGAAAGCAGAAGCUUUUCCUGGUCCAAAAUGUCCCUGAAGCUGCCACGGAACUGGGAUUUCAACCUCAGAAUGGAUGCUGCCAAAAUAGCGCGGUCCCGGAGCGUGAUGAGCGGGGAUGCAGCGGGGGCCGGGCCGGGUGCCCCCAGUGCACUGCAGCGGCCACUAAAGGAUGGCUGGCUCAAGAAGCAGCGCUCCAUCGUCAAGAACUGGCAGCAGCGCUACUUUGUGCUCAAGGGACAGCAGCUUUACUACUACAAGGAUGAGGAUGAUGUCAAGCCACAGGGCUGCCUGUCCCUCCAGGGAAGCACCAUCAAGGAGGUGGCCAGCAACCCAGAGGAAGGAGGGAAAUUCAUCUUUGAGAUCAUCCCCGGCUUCUCCGGAGAGCAGAGUCGGGCUGGGCAGGACCCCUGUGUGCUCAUGGCUAAUUCCCAGUCGGAGAUGGAAGAAUGGGUUAAAUCCAUCCGACGGGUGCUGGGAUCCACAUCAGGAGCUGUAUUCGGGCAGCACUUGGCUGAGACCAUGUCCUACGAGCAGAGGUUUGGGCAGCACCAGGUCCCCAUCCUGGUGCAGAAGUGUGCUGAGUUCAUCCGGGAGCAUGGUGUCAGUGAGGAGGGCAUCUUCCGCCUCCCCGGCCAGGACAACCUGGUGAAGCAGCUCAGGGAUGCCUUCGAUGCUGGGGAAAGGCCAUCGUUUGACCGGGAUACGGAUGUUCACACCGUGGCCUCACUGCUCAAGCUCUACCUGCGGGAGCUGCCGGAGCCAGUGGUGCCCUGGAUGCAGUAUGAGGACUUCCUGCUGUGCGGGCAGGCGCUGGAUGCGGAUGAGAGGAAGGGCCAUGAGGAGCUCCUGAAGCAGCUGUCCCUCCUGCCCAGAGACAACUACAACCUCCUCAGCUAUGUCUGCAGGUUUCUACAUGAAAUCCAGCUGAAUUCUAGUGUCAACAAGAUGAGUGUGGAUAACCUGGCAACAGUGAUCGGAGUGAACCUCAUCAGACCCAAGAAAGAGGAUCCUGCCAUUAUUAUGAGAGGCACCCCACAGAUCCAGAAGGUGAUGACUGUGCUGAUCAGUGACCAUGCAAACCUCUUCCCCCCAUCCAAGGAUGUGCCACCCUCCCCUCCCACCCACAACAACGACAAGAAGGCACCAAUCCUGCGCAGCUCUGUGGGCUGGGGCGCUGCUGAGGACCCGGCGGUGGCCAGGGCUGAUGCAUUGAUCCAAAGGCAAACGAGAGAUGACCUGAAUCCCAGCCCUGCUCCUGGACCAGCUGCCAGCUCAAGUGCACCCAGAGAAGAUAAAGGGCCCAAAGAUCCACUGGGAAUGUGGAAAACACAGACAAGGAAAAGAACUCAGACUUUACCCAACAGGAAACCUGCCCUGGCAGCUGCUUCCGCAGGGCAGAAAGGCAGCAAUGACAGGAAUGACUCAUUGGAAGGCUGGAAAAGCUCUGCUGGGAGCAGCCUGCGCCCUGUGGUUCCUGAGGGACACAAGAGAACGUUGUCUCAUGAUCUGUUUAAGCUGCUCGACCUUCACAGGGCUUCAACCAAUGAUAACAUUCCCACUUCCCAGGCAGAGAGUGGGGAAGGCAGCGGCUCCGAGAGGGAAUUCCUGCCUUGUCCCAGUCCCAGCCAUGAGCCAGAGGACAGAGCCAGUGCCACCAGCAGCCCUGCCGAGGUGGCCAAGCCUGAUGAAGAGAGCAAGGAGUCCCUGCAGAACAUGGUCCUGAAGCUGGAAAGAGAGAUGGAGCUACAGAAGAAAGACUACGAGGAGCAGAUUAGAAGUCUUGAGAAGGAAAACUAUGAAGUCUGGACCAAACUGCUGAGGCUGAAUCAGGACAUAGAGAAGGAGAAGAAGAAAUCCGAGCAACUGGAGCUGAAGUUGAUGAACGUGGAGCGCUCAUGGGAGGAGAUGGAGAAGAAAAACAAGAUGCUUGAGGAGGAGAUUCAGAACUUGGCUAAAUCCACAAGCAAAAGUGAUGCUAAAACCAACUAGAAGACAGCUUUGCAUAGCUGCAUGAGUGCACAGGAAUCGCCAAGCAGGUUCAGAGCCAGGGACUUGUAUUGGCCCAUGUUCUGCUACUGCCCAUGGGCUGGGUUGGAGGAAGGAGCCCAGAAGUUACAGGGUGAUUUAUGCUCUGAAACAGGAAGUUUCGAACAUGUUCUUUAGCUUUUUUUGGGUGUUUUUUGCAACUCCUCUUUCAGCUGCUCAAGGAACCUGUAGAACAGAACACCUCUUGCUGCUUAAUCGGAGCAUUGAGCAUCCCUGCUGCCAGCCAGCUGGCUCCUUGCUGGAGAUACCUCCAGUGCUUCUGAAUGGGACAAAGGCCAUAAAUCCUGGAUCCAUGGAGUUGGAAAAGCCCCAAGGUCUGGGGUGCCUGGAUGGUGGUGGUG